AGAACUCCCUUUUCACUCCCCUUCUGCCUUCUAUUCUCUCUGCUUUCAUCCUCUCCGCGAAGCAUCAUACCGCCUGGGAUCCCCUCGCCGCCAGCUCCGCACACCCUCCCUUUUCUUUCUGUUUUACCGCCUUAAUCGCUCGAACUACCCUGUCUUUUCCUCAAAAGAGUAAGAAAAUCCCAAAAAAAUUGAGAAAAACAGAUAGAGAGAAGAAGAAGAAGACGACUUCGAACCCUAAAUCUAGGUUUCCCAAUUGUCCUACUUCGCCAGCGUUCCGAUUGCACUCCGAGCUCUCGCGGCGGUGAGCUGAUGAGCGAUGGGUUGCGCCUUCGGCAAGGAUGCCUCCCCCGCCCCCUCCUCCGCCUCCCUCCGGCGGGAGAUGGGGCGGGCCUCCAGCCGCAAGUCUCAGGCUGCCCUGUCCAAGAUCGAGACCGCCGCUGUCGAUGCCCCCGCAGCCACCCGGGCGGAGGAGCGGGAGCGCGCGGACCAAAAAGGAGAGCGGCCGCAUCGGCGGCGGCGGCAGCGGGCGGACCCGAGGCUGGGAACCCCCCCGGGGCAUGUCCAUGGCGAGCAGGUUGCCGCCGGGUGGCCUUCCUGGCUCUCCACCGUCGCCGGGGAGGCCAUCAAAGGGUGGACGCCCCGCCUUGCAAACACCUUCGAGAAGCUCGCUAAGAUUGGGCAAGGGACUUAUAGUAACGUUUACAAGGCUAGAGACACCUUAUCGGGUAACAUCGUGGCUUUAAAGAAGGUCCGGUUCGAUAAUUUGGAGCCGGAGAGCGUGAAGUUUAUGGCCAGAGAGAUCCUCAUACUGCGACAGUUGGAUCACCCCAAUAUAGUGAAGUUGGAGGGUUUAGCGACAUCCAGGAUGACUUGUAGUUUGUAUCUAGUGUUCGAGUACAUGGAGCAUGACCUGGCUGGUCUUGCUGCUAGCCCUGGAAUCAAGUUCACAGAACCACAGGUAAAGUGUUAUAUGCAUCAGUUGCUGUCGGGGCUCGAGCAUUGUCACAAUAGUGGUGUGCUGCACCGUGAUAUUAAGGGAUCAAAUCUCCUAAUUGAUAAUGGUGGGAUACUCAAGAUUGCAGACUUUGGCUUGGCUACUAUCUUUGAUCCUAACCACAAGCACCCUAUGACUAGCCGGGUGGUCACACUUUGGUAUAGGGCCCCGGAGCUUCUGUUGGGUGUUACUGAUUAUGGCGUGGGUGUAGACCUCUGGAGUGCAGGCUGCAUUCUAGCCGAGUUAUUGGCUGGGAGGCCUAUCAUGCCAGGGCGAACUGAGGUUGAACAGCUGCAUAAGAUUUUCAAGCUGUGUGGCUCCCCUUCAGAAGAAUACUGGAAGAAGUCAAAGUUGCCACAUGCUUCAAGUUUUAAAACCCAACAGCCAUAUAAACGUUGCAUAAAAGAGGCAUUUAAAGAUUUUCCACCAUCAUCAUUAGCAUUAAUUGAAACUCUUCUUGCAAUUGACCCAGCUGAACGUCAAACUGCCACUGCCGCAUUAAGAAGUGAGUUCUUCACAACCGAGCCUUAUGCAUGUGAGCCUUCAAGCCUGCCAAAAUAUCCUCCAAGCAAAGAGAUGGAUGCUAAGCUAAGGGAGGAAGAAGCUAGAAGGUUAAGAGCUGCCAGAAGGGUCCAUGCGGAUGGAGUUAAGAAGAUGCGUACACGUGAUCGAGCUGCUAAGGCAGUUCCUGCUCCGGAGGCUAAUGCUGAAUUCCAUGCAAACCUUGAUCAGAGACGGCACCUGAUUACACAUGCAAAUGCAAAGAGCAAGAGCGAAAAGUUCCCUCCACCGCAUCAAGAUGGAGCACUUGGUUACCUGUUAGGUUCUCCACAUCAUAUGGAUGCUGUCUUUGAUCCCCCGGAAGCUUCGUUCAGCAUGGUGUUCCCCUACCAGAAAGGAAAUGUAACAACAUGGUCCGGACCAUUGAUGAACCCUGCUGCUGUUGGCCAUCCCAGACGAAAGAAACAAAAUGCAGGAGAUACCCGCAUUCCUGCUUACUCAAAACAGCUUGCUGGUGCCAAUGGCUCUAAGGAAAUACAGGAGGACAAGGGCAGUACUCGUGUCAGAUAGAAUCUAUAUGCCAAAUAGAACUGUUUGACAUGACCUGGAUUAGUCCCCUGAGGUGCACCAUCUGUUUAAUGUUCCUUCAGUGGUUGGAAAGCCUGCUUCUUGGAUGAAGAGGUAAAAGUUCUUCAACCCCCCUCCUUCCCACACACACACACACAAAAAAAAGGAAAUAAACACACCCCCACCUUCCUUGUUUCCUAUUCCUGUUCAAUUAUUGGAUGGUUAGCCUUGGUAUAUAGGGCUGGAGAGAAUCUUCCAUUACCACAUAUAUUUGAUUAUUUUUUUUUCCAAUUUUUUUGUUCACGUAUUGAAAAAAGAAUGCUUACUAGGUUAUUUGAGUCAAAUAAAUAUUACGGAUUCCUGUCAUCCGUUUGUAAUUUACUCUUGCCAGGGCAUGUCUCUGUUCCUCUACCCUCCACAUUUUUGCCACUCAGAUUUCUGAAAUGCUUCUCUAGUCUCAAAAUUUAGUGGUGUUGACUGUUACAGUGCGAAUAACUCUGACCUAAAAUGGCAGCAGUAUCCUAUAUGAAUAUCAACUUCCAUGAUUGUGUUUUAUCUUCUGAA